AUGGCCGAACAGAUGAGCCUGCUCGAGGAGGACGACCUCUCGGACAUAACCCACAGUCGCUAUCUGCUGUCGACAGAUUUUGGUGAGAGGCAGAAGCAGUACGAGAAGCACAUCAUUAUUGGUAGCUGUGCGCGGCGUUUGGAGCGUCGACGAGAGGGCCGCUGGACAUACACAUUCCGGGUGUAUGUCAAGGGUACGGAGAACGAGGAUAUAUACGAUUACGUUCAGAAGGUGGUCUUUCGGUUCAGUGAUGAGUGCGCCAAUCGCAUUUGCAUCGUGGAUCGAGCGCCCUAUCAGGCCAUCUCGUACUGCAACGCCGAGUUUCCCGUCACACUGACCCUCUUCUUUCGGGACGUCAACCAGACUUGCGUCAUCUUUCAUCACGGCCUCAAGCUGUGUCCCCAUGGCCUCGGCGAUGAGCCGCCAGAUGCAUUGCAGGAGACGCAUCAGACAAUCACUUUUGUGAAUCCUUCGACGCGCAUGCUGAAGUUUCUGCGUCGCAACCAGCCGAUUGAGUCCACCGCCAAGGAGAGCAGCAAUUCCGAAUUGACUGCCGUUGUGGCAGUUGUGGCUCCAGCUUCAGCUCCAUCGCUAGCGAGGGCGGAGUCUAUUGCUGAGCAGUUUGCCACGACAUUGAAUGUGUCUUUGGAAGGCAGCCCAGAUGGUGUGCGCCGCGAUUUGAGGCGGGUCCGCAAAGUUUUGAGCCCACACCCCCACCGCAAAUUCAUUGUGAAGAAACCACAGGCAGAGAAGCUCUGA